GGCUUUAUGUUGAAAUGACAAAUAUGCCAUCAGCUCCAUUUAAAAGGAGAAACCAAUCCAUGGAAGAACCUCAACCUCAAAUGAACUUUGGAACCAUCUGCAAACUGCAAACGCUAUGGGAUUAUCUUUCAGUUGCUUCGGCGCAAGAAAAAUCGAUGAAGGGUACUAAUACAUGGAGAAUAUUCACGUACAAAGAAUUACAUGCAGCAACGAAUGGAUUUAGUGAAGAUUACAAGCUUGGUGAAGGAGGAUAUGGCAGUGUUUACUGGGGUAAAACAACAGAUGGCCUUCAGAUAGCUGUGAAGAAAUUGAAAGCAAUGAACUUGAAAGCAGAGAUGGAAUUCGCAGUGGAAGUGGAAGUUCUUGGAAGGGUUAAGCACAAGAAUUUAUUGAGACUUAGGGGAUACUGUGCAGGGACGGAUCAGAGGCUCAUAGUCUAUGAUUUCAUGCCCAAUCUGAGUUUGCAAUCUCAUUUGCACGGUCGAUUUUCCGGAGACGUCCAGUUGGAUUGGAAAAGGAGAAUGAACAUUGCAAUUGGUUCUGCCGAAGGCAUCCUGUACUUGCAUCAUGAGGUAACGCCUCAUAUCAUUCAUAGAGACAUUAAGGCUAGUAAUGUUCUCUUGGAUUCAAACUUUAAGCCACUGGUUGCGGAUUUCGGUUUUGCAAAGCUAAUCCCUGAAGGUGUCAGUCACAUGACAACCCAUGUUAAGGGAACUCUAGGGUACCUAGCACCUGAAUACGCUAUGUGGGGGAAGGUUUCUGAGAGCUGUGAUGUCUAUAGUUUUGGCAUUCUCCUCCUUGAGCUAAUUACCGGGCGAAAGCCAAUAGAAAAGCUACCCGGACGCGUGAAGAGGACCAUAACAGAAUGGGCAGAGCCACUGAUAAGCCAAGGGAGGUUCAGGGACCUCGUGGAUCCAAAGAUCCGAGGAAAUUUUGAUGAGAAUCAACUAAAGCAAGCCAUUAAUGUUGCUGCUCUUUGUGUGCAAAGUGAACCUGCGAAGCGGCCUAAUAUGAAGGAAGUAGUGAGUAUGCUAAAAGGGUAUGAUAACACAAAUGGCAAGGCCUUGCAAAUGAUGAGAAUAGAAAGUGUCAAGUAUAAAGAAGAGUUAAUGGCACUUGACCAAGCAACGGAUGAUGAAGGUGUCCCAGAGGAAAGUGGGUAGGGCGCUUGUAGUGCCAUAGAGACGCAGAAGAUGUAUGAUCCUUACAAGCAUUAUGGAGAUGGGAAAAUAGCAUUGAACGUUCGGUAAGAAGUUUUAUCUGCGGAUGUACGUGCCUUAGAUUACUGUCCGGUAGUGGUGACAGGAACAAAUCGAGAAAUGAUCUAAAUUUUUUCCCUGAUGAAAAAAAAAAAAAGAAAUGAGAAGGCAUUAUUUGUCUUUGUUUAGAUAUAUAUGACAAGGAGAAAAGGUUUGGGAUUAAUAUGUAGAGUCUGGUCCUGUAAGCCAUAUUGUUAUGCAAAAUGAAGAAGGAACUUCUCA